AAUAUCGUUCACCCCUUUAAUCAGAGACAUCGACUCUCCUAAGAUGUACGGCUAGGAGAUUUGCGGUAGAACCAAGCGAUUCGAACGACAACUAGGAAUAUUGCACUAAGUGCUGCUCAACGAAAAUACCUACGAAGGUCUUGUCUGGAGCAACGAAUACGCUUACCGCCGCUCUUUUCAUAAAGUUUCAAGGUUUCAAAUUGCUACUAUAAAGUAUUGCAACUAUGUCAAACACCGAGGGUUCGGAAUUACCAAUUUACAGAGCCCAUAGAAGGGCGAGUGCGGACGUACGACCCCCUAUACCAUCAAAUCUCGUCGCUAUUCCUGGAAAGUUUUCACUACUGGCGUCGCUACCAGUAGAACUUCAUCUUCACGUCAUAUCUUUCCUAGACCUCAGUGACGUAAUUCGCCUUCGACGGACGUGCCGGCACUACUACCACCACUUCACACGCGACAACAUUAUAAACUACUUUAGCGCAGAUGGACAGCCUGCCCCCGAGCUGCGUUACUACUGUGUUGACUGCUUUCAAGAAUUUGACUACGUCUUAGUUUUUGAUGAGCUACGCUGGCCGAGCCUGUGGAGCUCAAUGUGUUUCCAAUGCUUUCGUGUGGAGCGAAGUCCGGCCUACAACGACAGAAGCAAGCUUGCACAAAUUAUCUUUGCGGAUGGGGAGCAUGGCCAUGUCUGCUCUUACUGCGGCUGGCCUGUAAAUUGGGAACGAAUGCACCGACCUUGCUAUAAAUAUGCACAUGAUUCGUUUGACCAUUUCGUCUAUAUGAAGUGGCAGGACAUGUUCAACGUCAUGAUACUCAUUCCGCUUCUAACCAUUAUAUGCUAUAAGGUUAUGCCUGCAUCUGUUCUGCCCCCAGGAUUAAGGCUCUUUCAGUAUAUACCUAUAGUGGUUGAAAUCUACGCAUACAUUCACAGUAUUAAGAAAAUUACAGAGGAACUCAAUUGCCCGAAUCCGGAGCUCUUCUGGUAUCCCCAUUUUCUUAUGGGCCCUAUAUUAGCUCUCCUUUGGUUGCCAUUGGUGAUCCAAAGCCUAUAUGGGGUGCACAUUAAUUGGAACAACAAGCAUGAGGUGGAAGGUAGUGCAAUUGUGGCCUUUUAUUUCUUACUUAGACUUUCCAUGCAUGCUAUGAAGACAAUAGGUAUGGCUAUCUGGGCUUCAGGAUACGAUACUAGAAGUUGGUCUCUUCCACGAUUAUCUCUCAUACAAAAGCUCCGCUAUACUCUGUGUUCGUGGUGGGUAACUUGGUGGACGAUAAAGAAGCCUUCGUUGUAAAUAUCGAGGAGAAGUCGGGUGAUAGUCUAUACGUGCGCACGUAUGCAUAUAUUAGGUACUUUUACUCAUUGUUAACCUCAAUGUUUUUCUUCACCUAAUUAGUUCAUUAGAUUAAUAAUUAGGAGGUACCUAUAUAAACAAUAC